AUGAACACCGGUCCGGACGUAGAUCGUAUUCGUAAUCUAGUCGUGGUGACGAAAAAUCAUUUCCCCACUUCGUCCAGCUUUUCGAGUUUCGGAGCAAGGCCUUCGACUUGCACCGAUGCUUCUUUGCUUCUUUCAAAAAUGCCUUCCGUCUAUGUCCUAGUACAACUCCUUCUAAUAAAUAAUUACAAAUGCUGGAUGGCACCAAUGGGAUUGCUUUUUCGUCUCCCGCCGUUAUUUGUUACUAUAUACUUACACUUUUACUGAACACGACGUCGAUGAUGUUGAUGUUGAUCGCGCGACAAGUAUAUUGAUGCUGACCCCUCGAAUGCGAUAACUAUUACUACUACUGCUGCGUGAGCGUGACACUGUCAUGAAUG